UUCCUCACCAACGGUCACCUGUUAACACAUCCAGGACUGAGCCACUGCUGCUGCUUGUGACAGGAGGGCGUCAACGCACAACAACCCAGAAUCCUCCACUUUAUGUUUAAACACUUUUCAUCAUGGGGAACUUCGCCGCCAAUGAGGGACUCUCCAUCUUUGUCAUUCUGGUAUGGCUGGGCAUCAACGCCUUCCUGUUUGUCAAUUUCUACAUCGUCUUCCUGGACAGGAGAUGGUUUUACACCAGGGUCCUGCUCGGGCAAGCCCUGUCCUGGGCCAGAGCUCCUGCUGCCGCCCUCAACUUCAACUGUAUGCUCAUCCUGCUGCCAGUCUGCCGAAACCUCCUCUCCUUCCUGCGCGGCACCAUCCAGCACUGCAGCCGCACAGCCGCUCGUCAGCUGGACCGAAACCUCACUUUCCAUAAACUGGUGGCUUAUAUGAUCGCCUUCCACACAGCCGUGCACAUCAUUGCACACUUGUUUAACUUUGAGUAUUUCAUGGACGCCCAGCUGAAUCGAAACAGCAGCCUCCUGACCUUCGUCCUCUCUGAAAUUGGCAACGGGGACAACGCGUCUUUCCUGAACCCCAUCAGGACCAACGAGACGAACCCUACCAUCGUCAUGUUCACCACCAUCGCCGGGCUGACGGGCGUGGCCAUCACGCUGGCCCUCAUCCUCAUCAUCACGUCGUCCAUGGAGGUGAUCCGCAGGUCGUACUUCGAGGUGUUCUGGUACACACACCACCUCUUCAUCAUCUUCUUCAUCGGCCUGGUGUUCCACGGCUACGGGCGCAUCGUGCGAGGACAGACCCCUGCCAGCCUGAAGGCAAACAACCCGGAGGUUUGCGCUGACCAGUUUGAGGACUGGGGAAAAAAUGGGUCCUACUGUCCUGUACCAGAGUUUGCUGGAAACCCACCGGGGACAUGGAAGUGGGUGCUGGCUCCCAUGAUUCUCUACGUGUGCGAGAGGCUUGUUCGCAUCUAUCGAUCCCACCAGAAAGUGGUCAUCACUAAGGUGGUGAUGCACCCUUCCAAGACUCUGGAGCUGCAGAUGAAGAAGAAAGGCUUCAGUAUGGAGGUGGGUCAGUACGUCUUCAUCCAGUGUCCGUCCGUCUCCAGGCUGGAGUGGCACCCCUUCACCCUGACCUCCGCCCCCGAGGAGGACUACUUCAGCGCCCACAUCCGUAUCGUCGGGGACUGGACUCAGGCGCUGUACGAGGCCUGUGGAGGAGACAAAAACGAGACUCAGGAAGCCUGGAAAUUGCCCAAGAUUGCCAUAGACGGCCCGUUCGGUACGGCCAGUGAGGACGUGUUUCGGUACGAGGUGGUGAUGCUGGUGGGCGCGGGAAUCGGAGUGACUCCAUUUGCCUCCAUCCUCAAGUCUGUGUGGUACAAACACAUCCAGAACAACCAGGAGGUCUUCACCAAGAAGAUCUACUUCUACUGGCUGUGCCCGGAGACACAGGCCUUCGAGUGGUUUGCAGACCUGCUGCAGUCUCUGGAGGGUCAGAUGACGGAGAAGGGCAUGGCCGACUUCCUCAGCUACAACAUCUACCUCACCCGCUGGAAAGAGACCGAGGCGGCUCAUUUCCGCGUUCACCACGAGGCGGAGAACGACCCAAUCACAGGGCUCAAACAGAAGACUCUUUAUGGGAAACCCAACUGGGACAAUGAGUUCACCAAUAUUGCGUCAAAGCACCCGGGAACUAAAGUAGGAGUCUUCCUGUGUGGUCCGCCUGCGCUGGGGAAAUCUCUGGCGAAGCAGUGUCUGUCCCACUCAGAGGCCGACGUCAAGUUCAUCUUCAACAAAGAAAACUUCUAAAAAAUAAGAACAAAAUCAGGAAAAGUGCUGGAAAACAACCACGACAAUGAGAUAGAGAAGACAGUACAUACAGUAUGUACUGUAUGUACUGCAGCGCUCAGCUGGACUCCACCGCCUCCUCCACUUGCUGCUUCUCAACCACAAAUGUUUUGCAAAGAUGCCAGUCUUGCUCAAAAAAAAACAAAAAAACGAGGAAAUAACUCUGUGGUAUUUUCCACAUUGCUUUGUUCUCCUUUUGUGUUACAUCAAUAUGUGAAACAUGCUGCUUUCAAAACUUUUUCUUAGCUUUCAUUUUGCUCUUGCCAGCGCUGGACACGGUCAUGAUUUGUGAGAAGCAGAUUUGGUACAAGAUGGUUAAAGAUUCUGAACCUGAAGAGGAAAAAAAUAGAAAAGAAAUUAUGUUUGAGCAAAGGCUUUAACACUGGCUGCUAUAACGGAGCUGCUGAGUCGAGACUGUGCUUAAAAAAAACAAAAGAACAAAAGAAAGUGAAGGAGCGUCAAACAGGCUCCUCAGUGCUUUCUAUUGUGAUGCUUCUCUAUGUUUACUGUGCCUGAGGAGAGGCUGUCUUAUGACUGGAAAAAUGACUAACCAGCAGCUGCUUGGUUACAUUAUGUGAUCAUUUCCAGACAUGUCUUUAAAAAAAGCGACUAAAUGUCUUACGUUUUAUGUAAAUUUACCAAAAAAUGGAAGUAUAGAUGUGAAGAGAGCAGGCUUACAGGCUGACAGAGAUGUCAGUAAUGUUCAUGUUUGCAUGUGUUUCCUCCCACCGUGCAAAGACAUGCAGGUUAACUGUUGGCUCUAAAUUACCCACAGGUGUGAAUGGCUGUUUGUCUCUAUGUAUUAAACAUGUCAGCAACAAAAUACUGAACAAUUACAAAAGAACAAAUAGAAGAAAAGAGUAAAUAAAACGAGACAUAUGAAAACCUCACAGUGGAUGUAGAAACCUGUGAUGAGCCUCCUUUCCUUUUUUCUGACUGAGAAAUAAGAAGUUUUCAUCGUUGUCACGGAGAUGUUUCAGUUGUCAUGUGACCUGUGUACGGAACACCUCUGAACCAUCGCCAUGACAACAGAGAAAAUUCCAUCAAAUAUGGCAGAAAGCACCGGAACAUUUUCCAAUAAAUAGAUUUUAUGUCAAGUUUGUUUUUUUUUUUUACAAACUGCUAUUUAUUUACAGCUGUCUGCCAUUACAUCUUCAACAUGUUUUGACAUUUGUCUCGUUUCAAGAAAAUCAAACUAAAUGUGACUGUAACGUCACACGACAAACACAAAAAGUGACUUAAACUACUCAAAAGAUGCUUUAAAACUGCAGGAUUUACAGAGAUUUUCCUAUCUGCUGUCAAUCACACUUCUAUUUUGUGUAGUUUCUGUGUGUGUUUUUGCACCCAAGACCAAGUCAGUUUCCUUUUAUGCAUAAUAAACCUGACCCUUCAGAGACGCCUGUGAUUCUUCUGCCCAAAAACAUGUUGUAAUUACUGCAAACAACAAUAAAGCAACUCUAACUUG